CUCUCUCUGUCUAAGUUUGGAACGAAACAGUUUCGGAAUGAGAGUGCUAAGUUACCUUAGCAUAUUUGUUAAUGUAUUAACAUUAGGUUAUAGCACAAGAUGUUUCGAGUGCAUGCAUGUACAAUUUCCGAGUGAUUGCACACAGAUGACAGUUUGCAAUUCUGAUGAGUAUUGUUUUACACAACAAGUGAUAACAACAAGUGGAAACGUAGUGUAUAACUCUGGUUGCCUAUCCAAAUCGAGAUGCCCUGCUGUUUCUGCGGGGCCUGACGAUAGAAGGUCAGCAAGCAUGGUGAAUAAACGUUCCGCAGACAUCGUAACAUGCGUAGAGUGUUGCACAGGCGACUUCUGCAACAUGAAAGGAUGUGGAACACUCGAAAUUCCGAUUGCUCAACGUGGCCCGUACUGUUAUAAAUGCGACGUACUAGAUCCUAAAGGGUGUACAAAUGUAAAGAUUUGUGGAAAAAAUGAGGUCUGCAUGCUCUUCACUCCUGUUGAAUAUAGAAGCCUUCCAGAAAUUAUUUACAGAGGUCAAUGUGAAUCAAAGGCGGCAUGUGAUGCAAUGUCACAAGCAUUCGUCAAUGCUAAAUGUGCGCCCACGUGUUGCGAUACAGAUUUUUGUAAUGACUACUGCGUUACGCCUACACAUGCUACUAUGACGUCACCGUAUCCAAAUACUACUGACAAUAAAAUACAGACAACAGAGGCGAAUACAACUUUGCACCUUAUAGAACUAUCAACAGUUACUUCAGUUCAGUCGCAAAAAGUUUCCACUACAGACGAAACGUCAAGUAAGCCAUUUUCACAUGUAUCUACAACAGCUGGAAUCACUCCGUCACCAACGACGCAUAGUCAUUCUUUCCACUGCCAUGUCAAAGAUGGUUUUGUACAUUUACAAAAUUCACAUGCGCAAUUGUGUGUCCAUGUUGUACUCCACCAUACACCAUUGUCUUGGGAUGACGCUCGAGCAGCAUGUAAAAGACAAGGAGGGGAUCUUGUCGUCCUAGAUACUGAUGACAAAGCUCUUUUAAUGAGGAAAGAACUGGCCAGUCAUUCUAGAUACCCAAUUCACCAAAUUUAUUGGAUAGGAGCAAAGGAUUUCUCAAAACAUAACCAUUUCUCCUGGGUAAACGGUCGCCGUUGGCAUAACACAGCAGCCGAUUGGAGUGGAAGUCAGCCAGAUCAUUUCAAACACGGUCAGGACCAAGACUGUGUCUGCAUGUUUAGAGAUGCUGUACCAACUUUCAAAUGGCACGCCAAAAGUUGCAAUGUUGAAGGAAGUUAUAUCUGUGAACGAAAGUAAAUUUAAAUAAUAUCGUUUACAUAA